CCCUUCUAGACGCAUCCCUCUCUCCCUCUUUUCCCCCCAUCCUCUCUGACUGCAUGGCCACCCUCGACUCGUCUGCCGUCGCUGGCCCAUCAUCACGGCCGGCCACGCCCUCGACUUCUGCGGCCACGAUUCACACAGCUGCGCAGCGAGGCGACGUCUACACCGUCUGCCAAUUGAUCGACUCUGGGCAGGCAACAGCCAACGACCGAGAUGAAGACGAUGUCACGCCUCUGCACUGGGCAGCCAUCAAUGCCCAGGUACCCGUCUGCAGAGCGUUGCUCGACAAGGGAGCAGUCGUCGACGCCAAGGGAGGAGAGCUGGUAGCUACUCCCUUGCAAUGGGCAGCAAGGAAUGGUCACCUGUUCGUCAUGCAUGCUUUGCUUCAAGCAGGGGCAGAUCCAACAGUUUGCGACUCUCAGGGCUUCAAUACGCUCCAUCUCACGACACACAGCAGCGCCGUCAUGCCCUUGCUCCUCGUCCUCAGCCACCCCUCCUUUAGCACCAGCCGGCAGCUCGAUCACCCAGAUACACAAGGCCAUACGCCAUUGAUGUGGGCGGCAUACCAGGGCGACGCCAUCUCACUGUCUCUCUUGCUGUCGUACGGCUCCAAUAUUCACGCUCGCGACGAGUCAGGCUUGACCCCUUUACACUGGGCCGUAGUCAAGGGCAAUCGCCUCUGCAUACGCAAGCUCCUUGAAGCAGGCGCCGACUGCGCAGCCAAAGAGAACAAUGGCAAGACAGCUCGAGACAUGUCCGUAGAGCUCAAGAGUCAUUCGAGCUACGCGAAAGCAUGCUCAGAUUCGGGGCUCGAAGAGGACGGCAGAAGAAGAAAGGCCCCUCUCAGCGAACGCAACACGCAUAUUGCCAUCCUCCUCAUCCCACUCCCCACCUUUUACCUCAUCUUCACAAUCUUCGGCCUCUUCCCUUGGUAUACCGCCGUCCCCUUUGCGGCAGCCACCUUCUCCGGUAUGCACCACGUCGUCACGCACGUGAUCCUCGACCCAAAGCAGGGGGAUAGCAUCAAAAAGAGCAAGUAUUUCCUGGCCAUCGUCAGUCAGUCCAUCAUACUCGUCGGCUGGAGCUGGUUGCGUACCCUGGUUCAUUCGACCCCGGGUCACAUGCUGGCAAAUGUCACCUUCUUCGUCUCCUGGGUCAUCUGCCUCGGCUCCUUAUACCUCGCCGCGAGCCUCAAGCCAGGCUACUGCGUUCUCCCCAAAUCGGAGACCUACAGACGGCAGAUGAUCGCCCAGCUAGCAGAUGAAGGCAGGCUCAAUGGCAUGAACUUCUGCAUCGAUUGCCUCGCCCGACGCCCGCUCAGGAGCAAGCAUUGCCGCAUCUGCAAGCGCUGCGUUGCGCGCUUUGACCACCACUGCCCAUGGGUAGCCAACUGCGUAGGCGUGCGAAACCAUCGACAAUUCAUCAUCUUCCUUGCUAGCCUGGUGGUGGGAGUCCUCUCAUUCGAUUGGCUGGCAUGGCAGUACUACAACCUCAACGCACCUGUGCUUAUGCCGCCCGCGGUCGAGCCCUUACUGCCCACCCCAUUAUCGUCCGUCUCGGCGUACGACUCCUUCCUCCUAGCCAAUGUCAGCUGGGCAAGCUUGCAGCUCUCCUGGGUCACGAUCCUACUGGGCGCGCAGUUCUACCAGAUCGCGAGACAAAUGACAACGCUCGAGGUGAGCAAUCUAGGACGGUACGGCUUCAUGGGCGGGAAGGGAGGCAGCUCGAUGGCGACUCAAGAGGGGUUCAUGGCGCAGCGCCAGGCGGCGAUAGAUGCUGCGGCUGCAGCUGCGGGGGAGGCCGGGCCAUUGGGCGUAGAGGGUGGGGAACAAGAGCAAGACGCUUCGAAGCCAGGCGCGGGUCACCCUGCCCCCGCCGGUGCCGCGGGUGGCAGCGGUGCCAGUGCGGGACAUCGUCAUGGUCAUGGCUCUGCACUCGCGUCGGCCAAGCGGGUCGGCGACUGGCUGCUCAGUAUCGUCGGUCUCGACCUGUACACGAAGGGCAAAGCAGGCGAAGGUCUUCGCAAGGCGGGUCAAGGUGGCAACCCCUUCGACCUUGGCCUCACGAUCAAUUGCCAAGACUUCUGGUCGCGCGGCCGCGAGCUAGACGUAUCAUACGAGUCCCUGUAUGAUGUGCCGGAGGAGGGCUUUAGGGCGCGUCAUCGCUCGGCGAAGAGGGCACGGAAGAGGAGUAGCAGAUACGCGGAUAGUAUUUCAAGCUUCAGAGGGUUGUUGGGACGAGAUGAGGAGGAGGAGGAUUACGGCGGGUAUGGGGCAGAGGCCAUGGAUGUUGAAGAGGGGAGGAUCGGAGAGAGAGAGAGGCUGUUCGAUGCUGAGAGGGAGGCCGCUGCACUGGACGAUGAGGCUGCGGGUGGCAUCGUGAAUAGGGACGCAUCGGCAGGCAGGAGAAGCUUGAACCUCAAAGGGGCGUGGGAGUUGAGUGAUAGCAGGGUCGGGGCUCCUUCAAGUACGAGCAACGGGCACGCACAUCACGCGAGCAGGGAGAGCGCUAUCGACGAUGCUGGGCCAUUGUCGAGACCGAUGACGCCGGGCUCGGCCAAGGGCAAGGCGUCGCAUCAGGACUAGGCCGUGGGCGAGGCAAUGGACGAUCUGAUACAGUAAUUGCAUUGCGUUCCUCAUCCCUACAGCGUCGUUGCAUUAGCAUCAUUCUUUCGCGGCUCAAUCCUGACACUAAGCCGGGCUCGCGUUCUCCUCGAUGAUGCAAC